GUGUUGUGCAGCAGUAUGUGCGUCUGGGAUGACCAGAGAGUACUUCCUCAGGAUAGAGGAGGUGUCUUGGAACUACGCCCCAAGUGGGAUGAACAUCAUUCAAAACAUCACACUGCAGGAGGAUGAGGAAGCCUCAGUCUUUUUAAAGAGGGGGCCCCAGCGUAUUGGCUCCACCUACAAGAAGGCCGUGUAUAAGCAGUACAGCGACGCCACCUACAGGACAGAGGUGAUGAAGGCGGAAUGGAUGGGCAUCCUGGGACCCCUGUUGAUGGCCGAGGAGGGAGACACCGUGUUUGUCCACCUGAAGAACGCGGCGACCAGACCUUACAGCAUCCACCCACACGGACUGAACUACAGCAAGGGCAAUGAGGGAGCCCUUUACCCAGACGGUCCUGUGCUGCGAGCUGAAGAGAAGGACACUAUCAAGGUGGUGUUUAAGAACAAAGCCAGCCGGCCUUACAGUAUACAGCCACACGGUGUUCAGUACAGCAUAGAACAGGAUGGGACGCUCUAUCACAAUGAACUGGAAGAGUCCUAUACAGCAAAGAAACUGCGGGAGUUAAAGAGGGAACCAAGAGUGGUGACCCCUUCUCCUGCUGCUCAUGUCCUACCUGGGACAUUGCACACCUAUGAAUGGAUGGUGCCAUUGGGUGCUGGUCCAGUCCAAGGGGAGGCUGACUGUCUGACCUAUCUGUACUACUCUGGAGUGGACCCUGUUAAAGACACUCAGUCUGGACUGGUUGGACCGCUCCUUGUCUGUCGCCCUGGUUCACUGAAAAGAGGAAUACAAAAAAACUACAACAAAGAGUUCCACCUCAUGGCCACAAUGUUUGAUGAGAACCUGAGCUGGUAUCUGGACGACAACAUUGAGUCCCUCACCACUGCUCCCCAGAAGUCUACUGUUAACAAGAACGACGAGGGCUUUAUGGAAAGCAACAAGAUGCACGCAAUCAACGGCUUUGUGUAUAGGAACCUCCCAGGCCUGACCAUGUGUAAGGGGGAUGGGAUUCAAUGCCUAAAACAUAUCUUUCCCAGGAGUUUCGGUAUGAAAAAGGAAGUGGAAGAGUUUGCGCUGCUUUUUAUGAUUUUUGAUGAGAAUGAAAGCUGCAAGAAGGUUGAGGACUCUCAUGCUGCCACAGAGCGGACGAUUCCUCUUUUCAUCCAGCUGAUGUCACUGCGAACCAGGCAGUUUGAUCCACCGCUGAGUUUUCAAGGCGAUGCAACUAAAAGCCUUUGA